AUGUCACAUAUAAUAUCAUUUGUGAAAAUUUUAUUUCUAAGAUCUAUAAUAUACGAAAAUUGUAUAACAGACAAUGUAGCUGAUUGUAGAUAUACAGAUUUUUAAAUUGUUGGAAUAAGUGGUUCAACAUUGGACAGAUGUGGUUCACAACCUCGAAAUUUACUUAUGGGACCUUAUGGAUUUUCUACUAUAGUUUCAAAGACGUUUACAAAUGUUCCACCAAAUAAGUAAUUGGAAUUUUAAGUUGGAAUAUGGAAAUUCGACUCUUGGGAUGAAGAAGGAUUCUAGAUAUAUGCAAAUGACGUAUAAAUAGAAAAUUUAGUGUUGGGUAACUAUGAUGGUACUGGAUUAUGUAGAAAUAAUAUGUGGGAAGAUCUAUUAAAGCCUCUCACACUAAAGUUUUAAAUAACAGGAACUGAUUUAACAAUUAAGUUAAAAGACAAUUUAAACUCUAAUCCUGGGGAAGAUCUCAUGGAUGGUAUUAUUUGAAUGAUAUCUAGAAUCUUGGGGAUUUAGAGACUUUAUUUUAAGACUUUCUAUUCCUUGUGUUAAUUUUUAUAGUGAAUGUAAUUACGUUGGAACAUUAUUUUAAAUAUGUUAAGGAGAGUAAUCAAAAUUACAAAACUAUAUUCCUUUUGAAAUCAAAUCAAUCCUUAUGGGUCCUGGCGUCAUUGUUAAAAUCAAAGACCCUAAAUACUUUUCAGGAGUAUUAUAAUAGCUCACUUCCUCGUAGCCUUGUUUAAUAAGUUAUCAGGUAUUCUUGAAAUCACCAAUUUUUAGUUUCCAAAGGUUGUCUAUUAAGAAUGA